CGGGCGCUCACAAGAUGGCGGCUCCCAGGGAGGCGUGAAAAGAUUCUCCGGUCUCCUGCCUUCUAUUUACACAAUAAUUAUAUCGCUUAACAACCGCUUUCCGAGUGGCUGUCGCUAUUUUUUUAGGUUUCUUUUUGUUUUUUCUUUAUUUCCGCGUUUUGUUUCUUUGUGUGUGUUUUACAACCGAACCUAACGGGCGACAAAGCAGGCUGCCGUGGCUACCGGGUGAAGUGGUUGUGGUGGAGUAUCCGGUUGUUAGUGCCUCACACACACACCGUCAGUGAAGGGGGGCUUUGUGUGUUCCCCGCAGCACUGUAUCCGCCAUAUCCCACCCCCCCUCGCUGUACAGCCGCUGGAGGAGGAGGAGGAGGAGGAGGAGGCGGCGUUUAUUGAGUGUAGUCGCCCCGCUCGCCGCCAUCUUUGCUCUUCCUCCCAGCUCUUUAUUGGUUUGUUUGGACGGCACAAGAUGGCGGCUCCCAUGGACUCCCUCAGCUCCGGCGCUCUCGGGCGGAUUUAAAGCGGCACUCGAUCCGGGGAGAGGGCAGCCCAGGACGGCCUGCGGAGGGGACGUGGCGGAGGAGCCUGCCAUCCCCUCGGGUGGCCCCUGGCUGGAGCGGAGAGGGAGUCAGCGAGUUUGUUUUCUCCCCGGCCGCCGUCAUAAAAUGGCGGCUCCCAUGGACUUCCCAGCACCUCAGUGAGAACCGGCGCGGACUAGGCCUCAGCCCCGGCCUCCCCUCAGACAUUUUACACAUUUUAUCAGCCCGUGCUGCCGCCUCACACCGGAACCCACAGCCCCACUCCGCGCUUGUUUUUAAUCCGGUUUUCUUUUUUCUCUCCCGGUUCCCAUUGACUUCAUUUAAAAUUAUUAUUUUUAUUUCAUUAUUGUUUAAUUUUUUUGUUGUUGGCUGGAUCGUACUGUUUGGACUCGCUGCCAGUCAGCCGCCAUGGCCUCGUCCCCGGCGGUCUCAGGCUCCGCCGCCUUGCAGCCGAGGUGGAAGCGUGUGGUGGGCUGGUCGGGCCCGGUCCCCAGGCCCCGGCACGGACACCGGGCAGUGGCCAUCAAGGAGCUCAUCGUGGUCUUCGGAGGAGGGAACGAGGGCAUCGUGGACGAACUGCACGUCUAUAACACAGCAACAAACCAGUGGUUCAUUCCAGCAGUGAGAGGUGACAUUCCACCUGGAUGUGCUGCCUAUGGAUUUGUCUGUGAUGGGACACGCUUGCUUGUAUUUGGAGGAAUGGUGGAGUACGGCAAAUACAGUAACGAUCUCUAUGAGUUGCAGGCUAGUAGAUGGGAGUGGAAGAGACUGAAGGCCAAAGCACCUAAAAAUGGACCUCCUCCAUGCCCUCGGCUUGGGCACAGCUUCUCGCUAGUGGGCAGUAAAUGUUAUCUCUUUGGUGGUUUGGCCAAUGACAGCGAGGAUCCCAAAAACAACAUUCCCAGGUACCUUAAUGAUCUCUACAUACUGGAGCUACGCCCUGGUACCGGAGUUGUAGCUUGGGAUAUCCCUAUAACGUAUGGCAUACUACCUCCACCCAGGGAAUCCCACACAGCUGUUGUAUACACAGACAAAGACAACAAGAAUUCUCGUUUGGUGAUCUAUGGGGGAAUGAGCGGAUGUAGGCUAGGCGAUCUCUGGAUGUUAGAUAUUGACACGUUGACAUGGAGUAAACCAAGUUUGAAUGGGAUUGCACCACUCCCUAGAAGUCUUCAUUCUGCGACAACUAUAAGCAACAAAAUGUAUGUCUUUGGAGGAUGGGUACCUCUUGUAAUGGAUGAUGUCAAAGUAGCUACACAUGAGAAGGAAUGGAAAUGUACGAACACACUGGCCUGUCUCAAUUUGGACUCUAUGGCUUGGGAGCAUAUAGUCAUGGAUACUUUAGAGGACAACAUACCACGGGCUCGUGCUGGCCACUGUGCGGUUGCCAUCAAUACUCGUCUUUAUAUAUGGAGUGGACGGGAUGGCUACCGCAAAGCCUGGAACAACCAGGUGUGUUGUAAGGAUCUGUGGUACCUUGAAACAGAGAAGCCUCCGGCUCCUGCUCGUGUCCAGCUUGUAAGGGCAAACACAAACUCCCUUGAGGUGAGCUGGGGAGCUGUGUCCACUGCAGAUAGCUAUUUGUUGCAGCUACAGAAGUAUGAUAUACCAGCUGCUGCUACAGCAAUGGCACCUGCCAACCCUGUUCCGUCUGUGCCAGUGAAUCCGCCCAAGAGCCCUGCUCCAGCAGCAGCUGCACCUACUGUACAACCAAUCACCCACACUGGUAUCACCCUCCUGCCACAAGCUGCAUCUGUGCCUCAAACAACAGCCACAAUCCAGGUCUUGCCUACCAUGCCAGGGAGCCCAAUAGCAGUAUCUGCUGCUCAUCGCACUCAGUCUGUCCCUGCUGUCCUCAAGGUAGGAGCUCCCCAGUCCACAAUGAGCACGCCUCUUGUCACAGUUCGGCCAUCUAAUCAGAUUGGUAAAGCACCGAUGACUGUUACUUCGCUUCCUCCUGGAGUCCGUAUGGUGGUACCUGCCCAAGCUAGUCAAGGAACUGCCAUUGGUAGCAGUCAGCCAAUGAGUGGAAUGGCUGCCCUUGCUGCAGCUGCAGCAGCCACACAGAAGAUCCCUCCCUCAUCUGCUCCCACUAUGUUAAGUGUUCCGGCUGGAACUACUAUGAUGAAAUCUGUUGCAAUGUCCUCUGGAGCCAACACUCUACCAACAACUGUUAAAAUGGCAUCCUCCCCGAUCAUGGUGAGUAACCCAGCUACACGUAUGCUGAAAACAGCUGCAGCACAAGUGGGAACAUCCGUGUCUUCUGCUGCCAAUACUCAGACACGUCCUAUCAUCACCGUGCACAAGUCUGGAACAGUGACUGUUGCCCAGCAAGCACAGGUGGUGACCACAGUAGUAGGCGGAGUCACAAAGACCAUCACUCUGGUUAAAAGUCCUAUCUCUGUCCCUGGUGGUAGUGCUUUGAUAUCAAAUCUUGGCAAAAUGAUGUCUGUUGUGCAAACCAAGCCUGUCCAGACCUCUGCAAUCACAGGCCAAGCUUCAUCUGGUCCUCUAACGCAGAUCAUACAGACAAAGGGUCCCCUUCCUGCAGGAACAAUAUUGAAACUGGUGACCUCAGCUGAUGGCAAACCAACAACAAUUAUCACCACAACACAAGCAGGCGGGACUGGUACUAAGCCUACCAUCCUAGGUAUCAGCAGUGUCUCUCCAAACACCACCAAGCCAGGAACCACAACCAUCAUCAAGACUAUCCCAAUGUCUGCCAUCAUCACACAGGCAGGGGCUACUGGUGUAACAAGUAGUGCUGGGAUGAAGUCCCCAAUUACCAUACUCACAACAAAAAUGGUGACCUCUGGUACUGGAACACCUGCCAAAAUUAUUACAGCUGUGCCCAAGCUCACUACCAGCCAUGGCCAGCAGGGCCUAACACAGGUGGUGUUAAAGGGAGCUCCAGGCCAACCUGGCACCAUCCUUCGAACUGUUCCCAUGGGUGGCGUCCGACUAGUCACACCGGUUACCGUAUCUGCAGUCAAACCUACAGUCACAACCCUUGUGGUUAAAGGGACAACAGGGGUUACCACUCUUGGCACUGUUACAGGAACAGUUUCUUCAAGUUUAGCUGGGGCAGGUGCUCAUAACACUGCUUCUCUUGCAACUCCUAUUAACACCCUGGGCACUAUUGCCACCCUCUCCAGUCAAGUGAUCAACCCUGGAGCCAUAACCAUGUCAGCAGCUCAAACAUCUCUCACUGCAGCAUCCGGUCUUACCACACCCACAAUAACCAUGCAGCCAUUAUCUCAACCAACGCAAGUGACGUUAAUUACCACCCCUAGUGGCGUUGAAGCCCAACCAGUUCAUGAUCUUCCAGUGUCUAUUUUGGCUUCCCCGACUACUGACCAGCCUACAACCACAGUAACUAUAGCAGACUCUGGUCAAGGCGACCAGCCACCUGGCACAGUUACGCUUGUUUGCUCUAACCCCCCAUGUGAGACACACGAGACGGGAACCACAAAUACUGCCACCACCACCCUUGUGAACCUCAGUAGUAUUGUUCAACAACCUGGCGGCACUUUACAGUUUGUUUGUGAAGGUCAGGAGCCAGGCACAUUUGUUGCAACUACUUUAGGGCAGGCUAACGGUAAUGUUGUGAGGGUGUGCUCCAAUCCUCCAUGUGAAACUCAUGAAACCGGAACAACACAAACUGCAACAACUGCCAUGGCCAAUAUUGGCCAGACAGGAAGUGUUACCAGAGUUUGCUCAAACCCUCCCUGUGAGACACACGAGACAGGAACCACUCAGACGCCAACGACUGCAACGGCUAAUAUGGGAGGUGACGAAGCAAGGAGAGUGACCCUGAUAUGUUCUAAUCCACCACGUGAGACACACGAAACCGGCACAACUCCAACCGCAACAACUGCUAGAUCAAAUAUGGGAAAAGCGCAACAAAAGGAUUGUCAAAAGGCACCUGCAAAAAGCCAACCUUGCUACACUUUACAGACAACCUCUACACAUACAGUCAUGAGUGUGCACACUGACUGUGCCAGUACGCAGCCUGAAAAAUUAAUAGCGGACUCAAGUCCAACAUGUGAAACCCCAGAUAACAGCACAGUAGGAGUUGAACAGCCUAACAAUACAAUCCAUUUGUCCUCUAUAACCAAUGACACUGGCACCACCCACACACCAACAGCCAGAUCCCAUGACACUGGCACCACCCACACACCAACAGCCAGAUCCAAUAUUAACACAGGGCCUUCAGAGAACAAGGAAGGGACCGCAAACAAUCUUCCAUGUGAAACUCGUCAAAUUGUAUCUACAAAAACUACCAUGUCUGUGAAAACAAACUUUACUUCAAGUUCCUCUAACCUUAUCGAAGUAGAACGUGGUGUAGAGAACAUACUACCUGAAUCCUCAAUUACUGAGCAAGCAGAGUCAAACUCUUCUACUCUACCGUGUGAGACUCUCACAACCGCCAAAUCAAACCUCAUUGAGCAGGUCUCUCCGAGUAAUGUUUCUUGUGAGACCCACCAGACAAAUUCUAGUCACACCACCAUAUUGGUAUCUACAGACUUAAAAAAUACAUCCGAUCAGGUGGUAAAUAUUGUAUGUUCCAACCCUCCUUGUGAGACGCAUGAAACUGGCACCACCAGCACCACAACCACAUCCAGGUCCAACAUUUCUACAGAGCAGAAUGACAAUGUACAGAGACCACCCUGUGACCCAACUUUGGUGCCUGUGGCAUCACAGUCUGUUGGGCUAGUGCAGCGUGUAUGCUCCAAUCCUCCUUGUGAAACCCAUGAGACACACACCACCAAUACUGCAACCACAUCUACAUCUAGCAUGGGGGAAGGCCAGCCUGUGCCCCCUGCCCAGCAGAUAUGCUCCAAUCCACCAUGUGAAACUCAUGAGACUGGAACAACCCACACAGCCACAACUGUUACCGCCAGCAUGGGUGCUAAUCAAGAUCAACCACCAGCUGCCAAUGGACAAGCAGAGCAGGACACUGUCCCUGCAGAGGCACCUGCACAAAGUGCUAACAUUAACAAUGCAGCUUCAACUUCUCCUGUGACAGUAGUGGCGGCGGUAGCAGCUUCUUCCUCCCCAACACCCUCCUCCGUGCCAUCCAUCGCUCUCAGAGCAGUGACAACUGUGACACAAUCUACUCCUAUGCCAGGACCUUCUGUGCCGAACAUUUCCUCAAUGACAGAACCUACCUCUGAAGUACAAGGGUCAGAUGUAGGUUCCUGCACAGAGCCACAGGAAGCCCAGCUGUCUGCAAACAUUCUUCAGCCUCACGGGGAUAUGCAAGCAGAGGGACAGCCACAGACCAUGGAGAGUGCCUUGCCACAGCAUAGUGAAGCCGAGCUGCAAGCUGCCAUGGAGGCAGAACCUAGUCAGGAGCCUGCUGUCACUGCAGGGCAACAAGGAGUAGAGCAGCUUUCUCUUCCACAAGAGCUGAUGGCAGAAGGACAGACAACCACACUCAUGGUGACAGGGCUGACACCGGAGGAGUUGGCAGUAACUGCUGCUGCAGAAGCUGCCGCACAAGCAGCAGCUACAGAAGAGGCCCAAGCCCUGGCAAUUCAGGCUGUCCUACAAGCUGCACAGCAGGCAGUGAUGGUAGCAGCCGGAGAACCCAUGGACACCUCUGAUGUAGCCCAUGCAGAGUUUCGUCACCUGACGCCGGAAGGCACUGCAACAACUAUUCCGAUUGUACUAACCCAGCAGGAAUUGGCAGCUCUGGUACAGCAGCAACAGCAAUUGCAGGAAGCUCAACAGCAGCAGCAAUUGCAGCAACAACAGCUUCAGCAGCAGCAACUUCAACAACAACAGUUGCAGCAGCAGCAACAGCUGCAACAGCAGCACCUGCAGCAACUCCAGCAGCUGCAGCAAUUGCACCAUGUGCCUACUGAAGCACUGGCACCGGCUGACAGUCUUAAUGACCCUGCCAGUGAGAGUAAUGGCCUCAAUGAACUUACCAGUGCAGUGACCACCGCAGUGACACUUCUGCCUUCUGCAGCCGCUGAGAGCAUGGCCCAAGCGAACACCUUCAGCGCCCCACAGCCUGUGGUAAUUGCCAGCCCUGCUAAGCUUCAAGCGGCAGCAGCUCUUACAGAGGUAGCCAACGGUAUUGAAUCGAAACAGGAUUCUCCGCAGCAGCCGCCAAAGGCUCCGUUAAAGAAGGAAAAUCAGUGGUUUGAUGUUGGAGUAAUAAAAGCCACAAAUAUGAUGGUGACACAUUAUUAUCUGCCUGCUGAUGACUCCACCAACGACGAUGAUUCUGGUGUCCUUCCAGAUUACACUCAGUUAAAGAAACAAGAGUUGCAGCCUGGGACAGCAUAUAAAUUCAGAGUUGCAGCAAUAAACGCUUGUGGUCGUGGACCUUUCAGUGAGAUUUCUGCCUUUAAGACCUGCCUGCCCGGCUUCCCAGGUGCACCCUGUGCCAUAAAGAUCAGCAAGAGUCCUGAUGGUGCUCAUCUCACCUGGGAGCCACCGUCUGUUACCUCUGGCAAGAUCAUAGAGUAUUCUGUGUACUUGGCCAUUCAAAGUAGUCAAAGUGCAGAGCAGAAAUCCACCACAACUGCUCAAUUGGCAUUUAUGAGGGUGUACUGUGGACCCAACCCUUCAUGCCUGGUGCAGUCAUCCAGCCUUUCCAAUGCACAUAUAGACUACACCACAAAACCAGCCAUCAUCUUUCGCAUUGCUGCUCGCAAUGAGAAGGGCUACGGACCUGCUACGCAAGUCAGGUGGUUGCAAGAAUCCAGUAAAGACGGAUCAGCUGGAAAGCCAGCCAAUAAGCGCCCGGUAGCUCCUUCCCCUGAAAUUAAAACUGCUCCAAAGAAGGCGAAAUCAGAACAUCCCUGAUCAAGAUGGACACGUCUGCCCAGUCUAAACAAAGACCAUCCUACAGCUAACUCCUUGCUAUCCAUUUUAAGGAAACCUGCUGUGCCCAAUCAUCUUCACCGCCCUGCUUUGCUUUACCGUUUCUCACUCACUUUGGGUUGAUGGGAAAGGCUAAACUGAACCAUCUCCUUUUUUUCCCUCCCCUUUAUAUUUUUUAAUAUGAACUUUGGGAAAAGCACAUUUUACACUUAUGUUGGCAUUUUUUCCCCCCCCAGAAGAUCCGAUAUAUAUAUUUUUUUUUCUGCUUUUUUUUUUUUUUUUUUAUUAUUUUAUAUAUAUAUAUAUAUUAAAGUGCAGGAGUAAAAAGAUGAACAGGUGGAACAAUAAAUCCUAAAUAAGUUAUGCAGGUCAGGAACUGUGGACUAUAAACUGGACAUGCAAAUAGACCUGAGAACUCUGCGUUGUUGCUGAGGUGCAUAGAAGAUUCAACUGGGUCUCUCCUGCUUGGCAUUUUGUUUCCUUUCACAAACAGAUAAGAGGGUAAUGUUUUUUUUGGGGGGGGGGAAAUACAUUUUCUUUGAUUAAAAACAAAACAAAAAAAGCACUUGGACUUCAGCCCUACAAUUGUAUGAUUUCAGAGCUGUUAAGGUUUUAAACAUUUAAAUGUAGGGGUGCCUACGAAUGAAUUGUGCUCUUAGUAUCUCUCUCCCAGUGCUGCUUUUAAGGGUUUCUUCUCUGUGGACAGCAAAUCCAUCCUUUGUGAAAAGGGUAACUGCCUCGCCUGGAAAACACCCCAAAGGCCUUCAUUAUCCAGCCCCACCCCCUUCCUUCUGUUAGUGGUGCUGACCUGUGUCCAAAUGCAGACGCUGGCAUAGUGGACUUGACAUUCAGAUGCAUAUUUGCUCUGCCUGAACAGAGGUUCUGGAGAAGCAGGGGGUUUAUUUGAAGCUCUUGGAAAUCGGUUCAUCAGUAGAAGUGAUUUUAGAAACACUAGGCAUUUGUGUAAUUGUAUAUAUGUGUGAAAGCAUACAUACAAAUAACACUUGUCCUGAUACUUUUUCUGGUUUCGUAUCUGUUAAUAAAAAAAAAAAAAUCUUUGCGAAAAAGAAUGAAUAACCAUAUGGAAAUAGAAGCGGAAAAUGCCCAAAUGCCUUGAAUACAAAAUCACAAUUUUCCAAGCAUCUAGGUGAUUAGCUGCAGUGUUCCUUAGUGCUGAACAGGUUCGCAUCCAGUAUCAAUCUUUCAAAAGAAAAAUGACACCCUAUACGCAAGAUUUACUGGAAAUCCUUUUGGUUACUCUGCAGAACAUGAGUUUGUUUUGUGUUGAUCAUAUUAUUUUUCUUGACUGAUCAAAUGGCAUUGCAUGCAUUAGCUUGAAACAAUUUGCUCCCAACAGGAUAUGCAUUCUGUCGCGAUGCAGGCCUUUCCAGCAAGAGGUUAUAUUUAGUACAAAUACUUGCUUUUUGUACUCUUUAACUACAAAAUGUGCUUUGUUUCCCCCCUUUUCUUUUAAUUAAGCUAGCUUGCCUUUCUUUACUUAUUGUUUAGCUUUGUAUAAAUCAAUUUAUUGCAGUCAUUUUAUGAUCGGUUUCUUCUCCUUUAAGGCAGUGGCCUAGCCCCAUGUCCAAAGCAAUAUAUAUAUUUAGCUGAGUGUCCUCCCUACCCAUAUUUUUAUUUUCUUUACAUCUGCCUGUUGCUGGUUUAAGCCAUCUCCUGCCAGAUAUUUGGGCCAGUGAACCUUGUAAAAUAUCUACCAAUCCCACUCGUCACCCUGCCAAGUAAGUCUUUCCCCUCCCACUUUUAAAAAAUGACCAGCAACGCGUUCUGCUGGCCGUAGUGCGGAAAGGCUGAAGAUUGGCAGUUUCUAUUCAUAUACAUAAGUAAAAUAUAAAUAUACAUAUAUAAAUAUAUAUACACGCAGUUGGUGUAUCUAAAGGAACAUCAGCUGUUGAGGAAAAUUUUUGUAAAAAAAAAAAUCAAAAAAACCUUUAUAAGAAAAGUAAAAAGCGUAAAAAAAAAUCUGCAGUAGCUUAAAGCAUGAGGAUUUUUUUUUUGUACAAAAGCAAAGCAAGUUAAAAAAUUUAAAUAAGUUUAAAUCAUUUAGGAUUUAUGUUAUUUCAGUAAUGUUUAACUUUUAUGCAACCCAUCCUUGUGCUGAGUUGAUUAAAUGUGUAUAUAUAUUAUAUAUAAUUUUUUGUUUGUUUUUUCUUUCUCUUUUGCUCUUGUAUUUUUAAUCUCUUGUAGGUUCCAAAUUUUUUUUUUUCUUUUGGAGGGGGUGGUUCUGCGCACAUGGCACAAAAUUUUGCCCUUGUGGUAUUUUGGCUUUUUGUAAUAAGGGGUGCAAGGAAGGAAUACUUGUAUAGUUCCUUUUUCUUAAUCAGUAGAGGGGUCAUAUCUUUAGUCUCUUGUGACUUAAAUGGCUGAUAUUGGAGAAAAACAAGGGAUGACUCAAUCCUUGUAUUUUAUGAACAUUGCAUGAACAGAGGAAGAUGGGCAGUUGCACGAUCGGGGCUUGCGAGAGCUGUGUGCGCAGUAAAGAAAGGCAUCUGGCAAUUCUAUGAAUUGUCAGUUUAAUUGUUCCCAGACUGCGUGUGGUUUCAAUAAGUGGAGUUCCAACCCUCAAUGUGGGUAUUGAGGCAGCAGCGAAUCUGAUGUGAGAUCAAUUUUUGUUAUGUGAAGGGAGAAAGAUAAGAGGCUAAUAACUUUAGUCUUUUUCUUACUAAUUGUGUCCCCCCCAACCCAAAACAGAGGAAAUUAUCUUAACAUGGUUUUCUGUCCCUCAAGAAGCAAUUGCAGCUUUGUUUAAAAAUAAAUAAAUCGGGCAGCUUUUUGGAAGAGGCAGUGGCAGAGAGUGGGGAAUGCCAUCUGCAUCUCCUGCGUACAAUUCCAGCUGCCAUUUUGUUUUGUAUUAUAGUGUUACUGUGUGUUACCGCCUAGAAUUUCCUGCUAAAACCUCACCCGCCUUUUUUUCUUUGAGAAGAAAAGCUAUUACUUCCAUUGUAGAGGAGUUAUCCAAGUGAAUCCAAUAUUACAAUAGUGCUAUCUGUCGUUUUUGUGCUAUUUUGAACAAUUAAAGACAUUUUUU